AGUGAUAUAUAGGCAAGGGGUCAACAUGUAUUUCCAUUUUCAAGACAAAAUAAAAAAGAGAGGCUACUACUGCAACCUGUGGGUGGCGAUAAUGGACCAGUAGGCUAGCCUAUGAUUUUGGAUGCGUUUCAUUUAGCUAAUCCAAUUGCCUGCCAGUCACAAAGGCUCUAAUCCAAUCAGGUCUGCUUUCAACACAUGUUCGUAGAGAACUUUUCAUAACAAAUGUGUGCAGACUCUCCAGCAAGAAACUGCUUGAUGUGCUUGUACUCUAUUGUUCGUUUUCUGACUCAGCGUUUUGGUUGUCUCUAAAAUGUGGCUUUCGAUUUAACUUUGAAUGUGUUUGAUAUGAACUACAAAAUCGGUCCAAAUGGCACGACCACCCUAAUUGAGAGAGGGAAAAGCGGAGAGUCGCAUCCCGGUGGCGGAGCAGCCUCUCGUGCCGAACCGUCUGACAACCCCCAGUCCUGCGAAGGGGACCAGCAGUCACGGGGAGGAAUAAUGAUUCCGAAUAGUCUGCUUGGUUUCCAGUCGAGGUCGCCAGUGUUCAGAACACUGUCCAGGUCCUCCAGUGGAUAUUUUUCGUUCGACAGCGAUUCUAUUCCAAGCUCCCCGCUAUUGAAAGAUAACAAGUCGACACAGACUCCGAGCCCAUCUAGCCAAGUCAUUACCCACGCACUGCAGCGCAUGUCUAGAGCACUGGAGACCCGGCGAGAUUAUGACGUGUGGCCCAACCCCCUCCGGCCCUAUAGAGCACGCACACCACCGACUGCGGGGGACAUGCGGCCAGAGAUACUCAUCGGUCAGGAGCUUCAGCGCAUUGGAGAUGAGUUUAACAACCUCUUCAUACAUGCGCACCUUGCAGGCGGAAACGGUCAGGUUGCCCAGGGAAACCUGCAGCAGAUGCACCAAGAGCCCGCCUUCCUACUGUGGAUGGGUCUUCUGAUUGGACGACUAUUACAGAUAAUCCUGCGGAGAAGAUGAUUGACAGACAGAAGCCCCAAUCCCAUCCUCUGGAGCACCCAGCAGGCACAUACUGUAGAACCUGGGAGAAUUCUGUUAUAGACCCUAUACAUAUAUGAAUAUGUAAAAUUGUCACAUUUUCAGAAUGGACUCUCCUUCAUAUGUGAACCUUUACAACUUUGUCUUGAUGGUUUUUGACCUUGAAUGGCCUCAGGAUUCCCUGGUCCAGCAUAAAUUGGGAUAGGGAAUCUGUAAUGCUUUGGGAAUACUUUCUUUGGAAAUUCUACAACACCUGGAAUUUUGCACCUAUGUUUCCUGCGCGGAUCUGGAAAGCUGAGCCUAAUCAAAGAACCAAAGAUGGAGUGUCCCAUUGCGGAGCGCUCACAGGGAUAACGCUGUGUGGAUAAGGCUUUGUGGAGGUUACAUGUACCUUGUACAGCUUCUCUUUUUCUUUGCUACUGCGCUAUUUUCUUUCUCUGUAUUUGUUUGUUUCUAAGUGUUUGUGAGUUUACCCAUGGUCAGAUGUGUAGAGUCUGCGCUGUGUCUGUUCCUCCUGGUCCUCAUGGCAACUCACUAUUUCCCUCCCAAAACGAACCUGCAAUUCUGGUUGGAUGCAGUCGGUUCCAUUGUCGGUUCCAUGGACCCAGAUGAAGUCUGUUUAAUGGAGAGUCUCCAUUGAAAGUGUUUUUAAGUCCAGUAGUUUUAGACAAUGAUUCAGUGUGCACUCCAAUAGUCUUUUUAUUAACCCUUUAGGUAUAUUAACCUCGAGCAAUAACUGAAAAUGCCAUUUWAAAAAAUGUAUUUCCUUUCCAAACAUAUUCAGUAUUAAGAGCAAUAGCAUGGAUGUUAGUAGUCAUUGUGAGAACAGAAAAAAAACGUUUGAUAGCAACUACAAUGCCUAAAAGAAUGAGAUAUAAUGAAAUCAAAGUAGAUCUACAUGAAUUAGGGCAAACAAUGUAACUUCUUGAAACAACGUACUUUACUGUUGUCUCAUUUGUUUCCCCCCGCCCUUAUCAGCUGUCAAACAUAAUUCCUGUUAUCAUUUAGCCUCUGGUUCGGACCUGCUGUUGUCAGUGCUUUGUUAGCCCAGCUGACACUCAUGUUGGCCCAGACAAGUCUAGUGCAGUGUUGCUAGGUCAUUAAAAGCUCAUAGAAGCUUUGCUGGAAGAGAACCAAACUCUGAGCCGACAUUAGCCAGAGGAACAGGCAUAGAGAGACAGGUUUGAAUGGGUGGGAUCACUCACAAUGCUUGAGAACUUAGAUGGAUAAACAGUGAGAAAAACCACCAAAUGUUCUUGACAAAAUUCUUGAAACAUUUUUGUAUUUCUGAUCUGUGGUAGAAUGAAUGUUUAAAAAAAAUAUAUAUAUAUAUAUAUAUAUUUUAAGAAAGUGAAGUAGGGUUACUUUGGAUGUUACAUGUUAAUUGUUACCACAUUCUGCACCAUGGGUUUUACAUUGUAUGUGUCCCUCAUGUGACCCAAAGAUUGAUUAUACUGUCAUUUUGCUGGUUGGUUCCUAUUGUAAAGUACAGUAUUGGUGUGGUUCAGUCCAACUACCUUGGUCACCCUUUUGAUUCCAAUGGCUCCUAUCUGUCAGUCUGUUGGUAUUUGAUGUGAAAACCUAUUCCACACCCACAGUUCAAUAAACAUUAUCCAGGAAAUUGCAUGUUGACAGUAUAACAUGUGAUGAUGAAAGCCUAUCUUUAAAAUAGCAUAGCACUUACAGCUCAUUCAAGGUUUUAUCUGCCAAAAAUCUGCCUUUUACAUUUAUUUAAAAAAAUGUUUUGCUGACCAUGUAGAUGAAAUGUAAGGUUGAUGGUAUUGUUUGAUGACAUUUCUGCAAACCCAAUUUUGAGAAGUGCAUGAUGUGUUUCAUUCUGUCAUGUUUUUCUUGGUACCAACAUUUUACUGCUCUGCCAUGUUUUAUAUCUUGUAUGACUGUCUAUUCUUUUUUGGUGUUGCCAAAUGAAACCAAAAACCUCAUUUCAAAGUACUGUAUCUCAGAAGGGUGUAUGUAGUCGUGUCUAGAGAUGCUUUCCAAGAGAACAACUGAAAGCUGAACUGUCACCUUCUGAAACUGAUAUGGAAACUUCUCCGACAGUCGGCCAAUGGUUCCAUGUACUCUAGAUAUAUAUGUGUUGAGUGAAGACAUGGUCCAUACUGUCCAUCCAUCUUAAUGGGUAGAGACCAUAAAUAGGAAUAGCAUUUUCCCCAGACACAUCAAAAUUCCCAAGUUGGAUCCAUACAUUUUCACCAGUGUCAUCUUGGUGGAGGAAGUGCAGGUUUGUACCUCUUGCACAAUUAUUACUGUACCCAGAAUUCAGUCUGUUCAGGACCCUUUUGCACUCUGUGCAGACAGACAGAAAUUGAUCUAUCUGACUCACAGGACCCAGUACAUUUGUAGCAAAAUGUCGUUAUUUUUUAUAUUUUCUAAUUUGCACUGAAAGAUUGCAAUGUUGUGAUUUCAAUUGUGCAAUACUGCUGUGCCUGUAAAAAGCCUUUUUUCAUCUUUAAAAAAAUCUGGAAUUUUCUUUCAUUGUUGAUUAAACCACAUCCUUUUUCAUGAAAA